AUGCGUGGAAAACGUUUCCGAAUGGUGGUGGAACGGAGGCGAGCGCACCAUCGGACAGUGCGCGCCAUGACACCGCGAACGUUGACCGCCCUAGCGGCGAUUCUUGCCGUCACUAGCGCUGCCGUUGAUGAACAAAACGGCAUCAUCUACCAACUUACUGACGAACAGUACUAUGAGAUGCCGACGCUCUUCCACCUGGACGAGUUCGACGGGUGCCUGGCCACCCGCGACGCCUACUGUCUCGGCAGCUUCGAGCUCUCCGCCGAGCCGGACCACAAGCUGUUCCAGACCAUGCAGCGCUACUCAGCCAACUGGGUGGACAAUUUCAACCACACGCGUCUGCAUCGGGGCUUGUGCCUGAACCGCAGCUGUACCGCGCAGGCGCCUUCGAUUUCGACUCGACCACACUCCCAGCAAGAGCUCCAAUCGUGGUUCUCGUCGUGCGUGAACACGACUGUACAAAACAGCUACGGUCUGCGCGCGCGACUGUACAACCUCGAGUACUGCAAGACCAGUUCGUCCAGUUCCGGUGGUCCCCUAACGGCCAACGAGAAGGCCUUCGCGGCCGCAGUGACCACGCUGCUGGCGCUCGCUGCAGUCAGCACCACUUUGGACCUCGCCCUCUCCGACCACAAGAGGAAGGGGGCGGGCUGGGCACUGUCUUGGUCUCUGCGCCAGUCGUGGCGCACCCUGACCGCGCCCCCGGCCUCGCCGGCCGACUGCGACCUCCGCUGCUUCGACGGCCUGCGGGUCUUCUCCAUGCUGUGCGUCAUCAUAGAGCACGUCUGCUGGCUGGCGACGCUCUCCUACCUCGCCGACACGAGAUACUACGAGCAGAUAUUCCGCUGGAUGUCAGUACUGGCGGCGCCGCUGGCGCUGUGGUGGGCGGCGCUGUCGCCGCUGCUGCUGCCGGCCGGGCCGCCUCCGCGCGGCGCGGCGGCUGCCCUCGCCGCCCUAGAGCGGCCCGUCUUCGCCUUUCUCUGCUCCGUCGCCCUACUGGGCGCUAUAAACGGCGUCCGAUCGCCGUGGCGCACGUGGCUGUCGGGGCGCGGCUGGGCGGUGUGCGCGCGGCUCUCGUUCGGCGCGCUGCUGCUGCACAUGCCGCUCAACAAGGCGCUCAUCGCGGCCCGCUUGGCGCCCGCGCAAAUCGACCGCCAGAACGCGCUCCAGCAACCGCAAACAUCCCACAAAGCAGAUAAGACAGAUAUG